UCGCCUCCAAACAAUCGAAAGCUUUGCUUUAAACACCAUUUCUCUUUGCUAUUCCAUUCCUUUUCUCAUCAUCAUCAUCUUUUUUCCUAGCAUCCAAUCACACUAAUGUAAUUCUUUUUCUAUUUCCUUUUUUUCUUCCCCUUCUGGAGUCGUUCUCCCACAGUAAACCCAAAAGAUGAGCAUAUUUGUUGACCUCAACUUGCUUUGUGAGACUUCUCAUUGAACUUAAUCUGAACUUCUCUUCUGCAUCUCAUGGAUUCGUUUUGGACCCAAUUUUCUUCUGCAGAUUUAAAUCUUCACAUAUCAUGAGCACAAAGAUGAAAGGCCUCUUGAAAGGCCUGAGAUACAUUUCACAAAUAUUUGAUAAUGAAAAGGAACAAGAAAUGGAGAUCGGAUAUCCCACAGACGUAAAGCAUGUGGCUCAUAUAGGCUGGGAUGGCGGUCCAUCGGUAAAUACACCUAGUUGGAUGAAUGAAUUCAAACCCACAUCGGAAGCGGAAAACCAUGAGCCAAAUCCCGAAGAUCCUGGAUUGAAAGACGGCCAACCUCAAAAUUCUCAGGCUCCACGCUUACCGGACAUGCCCAGGUCAUCGAGACGCCAGUCAUCCACAGGCGCUUCUGCCUCCGUCACCUCCGAGCAAUCAGACGUACAGAGGCGAUCGAGGAGACAUCAUUCUAGCUCUUCAACUAGUUCCCUACCAAGGGAAGCAACCGGUAAAACCAAACCCAGGCAGCCCCGGGAGGGAAGCCAAGGCAGUGAGUCGCCCUCCCGUAACCCAACUGAUAUACCCAGGAAAAACCGACAAAAGAAAUCAAAGGACUCGUCCAAGGACGGUGGGGGGUCGUCGAGAUCGAGAGCGAGAGCGAGAUCUCAAACUUCUAACACUUACGCCCCAUCACCCUUCUCGGAUCCAGGGUGUGGAACCGAGUCUAGAUUCCUGAGCAAUGAAACGUCAUCUGGUUUAGAAGAAGUUGGAGAAGAAGGGAAAAAAUGUAAUGAAGUUUGAUGAAAUCCUCAUGCACUGCAAGAAGAAGAAGAAGAAGCCCGAAUGCUUGAGGUGAAGGAGGGUUUGUUUGGAUGCCAUGGGAGAAGCUUUGGAUAAAAUCAAAUGUACAGAAUGGUGUUUUCCUCGACUGGGUUACAGCCUGCAGUUCAGAAUUCCCCUGGGCUUUGUUCAUAGUUUCAAUCCUUAGCCACUCUGUGUAUAUUUCAUGGUAUUUUCAAUUUUGGCCCAUCACUUUUUGUUAGGCGUCAAUUAUUAAUGCUUCUUCUUCAAAGUCUUGUAUCAUCAAUGGUUGGAAUUCUCUCAUUUUUGGCAUGCU